CUGACUGAGCACCUCUUGCAUCUUCCAUUGGAUGUCCUCCACCCUCUUGACCCACUUAUCUCGCACUUCGUCUUCGUCAUCCUCUGUAACAGCUGUGUAGCCCAUGAGGGCGAUGAGGCCCAUGUGGAACAGUCAAAUGAGGACCACCCCUUCCUGCCAAAUAAGGGAGCAAACACGAGGAAGUGACUCAUGCAUGCCCUGUGCUGAUUGGAUGAGGGGAGUUUCUCCCAGAUGCACUGCAGCUGCAAGCUUCAACCACAGGCUGCGCCAACAGUGAAUGAUAUGAGUAUCCUUUUCAUUGUGUUGUUUUAAUUGAAGGCCUCCACACCAACCGAACCAGUAUGGGUGACCAGAUACCAUUGAAUUUAUUAGUAUACAGACGGAACAGUAUCACUGAAACUGACUUUAUUAAAAUGACAUUUCAAACGUGCCUUAUGAAAACAGCAGGGCUGACUCUACAUGCCAGAAUGCCAGAAUAUAAUUCUGAUGGAUAAAUUAUUUUUUAGUUUUGUAAUUGCUGUAGUUAGUAUUAUAGUGCAAUGUAGGCUCCCCUGUAGAUCAUUAAAAUCCACAAAGACAUUCCUUUAGUAAGUGAAACUUGCCAAAGUUAUGCUGAGGCCAACGCCCAGAGGGGCACAAGUUUUUUUGGUAGGGUCUGUGUAUCGGUUGCAUUUGUAGCCAGAGGUUUUGCAUCCAAUCACAAAGAUGUUGUUAUCACAUAAAUGAGACAAUGCAAAGGCUGUCUAGAGAUCGUGUGUAAAUAUGUGGUCAAUUCUAAGACAAGACCUUCAAAAAGUGAUCUUGAGACCGGCCUCAAGGCUGAGACCGAUCACAAGUACAUCACUGGGUUGUCAGCCCAUUGAUUGAAACAUCUAACUCCAAGUAAUGAGGUCAAUGCCAGGAGGGGUACAGGUUUUUCUGGAAGGGUGUGUGUGUGUGUGUGUGUGUGUGUGUGUGUGUGUGUGUGUGUGUGUGUGUGUGUGUCCUCUUACCAGGAAGCCUUCAGCCUCUUCUCCAUCUCCUGCAUUCACUUUUUUGGAAUGAAUGUGAGAGCAGACAGGAAGUGGUCCUGAGACGGGCCUCAAGGCAAAGACCGAUCUCAAGAACAUCACUAGUCACCCGGACUCGACUGAGGACCGAACACCUUCUGGUUUCAGCACUGACUUUUGAGGUGCAGCAGGUCUUUUGUCAGCCAUGACAAAAUGAGAGAGACGACACAGCUACCCUCAUGGCAUAAAUACCCAGAAACCAACGGCAUUACCAGGAACAGAUGUACAAUCCUGUCAUAAGAACUAAUCAGACAUGAAGAAGAUGAAGAUAUUAAUUGAGCUGAUACUGCUAGCAGGAGUCAUUGGUUUGAAUUAUGGUGCCAUUCAGAGACCUGACUAUGAUGACACACCCACCCCAGAGUUCCUCAACCCAUCCUGGAUGGCCACCAUCCCUGAUGACCUGCCGCUGUCUGAGGUCACCAUGCCUGGGACCCACAACACUAUGGCCCUUUACGGCGGUGUGUAUGCUGAGUGCCAGACCUGGAGCCUUGCAUCUCAGCUCCAAGCCGGCAUCCGCUACUUAGAUAUCCGUGUCCGUCACGUCAAGGGAAACCUCACCCUCCAUCACGGGGUGUCUUAUCAGAGAGCGCACUUCGGCCACGUGCUGGAGGGUGUGGCUGACUUCCUUCGAGAGUAUCCCAGUGAGACAGUGCUUAUGCGUCUAAGAGAGGAGUUCAGUGAGACAUAUGACAUCUACGGUGCCGUUGUAGACUACAUCCAUCGCUACGCUCACUGGGACCUGCUGUGGCACAGCCGGCUCGUGCCAACCAUGGCGGAGGCUAGAGGGAAACUUAUCGUCCUGCAAGAGUUUGCUGGGCCAGACUUGGGGAUGCGCUAUGGUUCCCUGGACAUAGCCGAUGACUGGAAGGUACCAACACUUCUGCAUGUUGAGGACAAAUGGCAGAGUGUCUAUGAGCACCUGGAGGCUGCACCUACAGGAAACAAGGCCCAGAUCUUUCUCACCUACAGCAGCGGAGCUGGUGUGUUUGCGUAUCCCAGAGCCAUCGCUCAGCGCAUCAACCCACAACUGUACGACUACCUGAGGGCCAAGACGGAGCUGAACCAGCGACUGGGAAUCAUAUGCAUGGACUUCCCUGCUGCUCCGUUGAUUCAAACGAUCAUUGGCUUCCAAAUGAAAGAGGUCAUAAAGAGAAGUCAGGCCUUAAACACAGUACCUAACAAGACAAGUUUGAAACAUGUCAUUUCUUCACUGAGAAAGAAGAUGAUCAAAAAUUAGGAAGGGAAGAGUAGAGCGGUCAAUAACAGUUCAAUUACAGAUGUAGCUUGAAUUCAAUAGUAAAGUGUAAUCAUACUACUUUACUGUGAUGAACGUAAUUUAAAUUAUAUCUGGGAUGAAACUUUUCAUUGUGUCAUUCACCAAAAAUACUGGGAACAAAAGAAAAUGUCACAAAAAUAAAUUAGAAAUGGCAAUGUAGCUGAAAUUUCCUGUAAGGCACUCACCAACACACAAAAAUAAAGAUUUUGAGUCAAUCAAUUGGUCCUUAAAGGUUUUGUUUUUAAUCUUGCAUCACCUAACUGUCAAAGUGAAAUGUAUCAGAUGCUAUCUUAGCUCUAACAAGCCCUUACUUUCACAGUCCACUGUGAAAGUCAAGGUCAGUUUCAUACAUGAGACACCUGUUGCUACAUCCGAGCACAACGGUGAAAGUUACUAAGUAAAACCAAACAAGGCUAUAAGGCACACAGUGUUCUACUUAAAAAACUUUUGAGAAUAUUACUAAGAUUAAACAUGGCAUGUAAUACAAAUUUUACAUUACAGUAACAUAUGAAAAUAAACUGCUGCUUUACCAUUU